ACGUGGCCCUGCUCCGCUGCUCGCAUACAUAGAGACGCGUUCGCUGGCCAAGAGCCGAGCUGUGGCGCUUAAGGGGGCGGGGCCACGGCCCGAGAAGCUGACGUGGCCCCGCCCCUUCGCCUACGCACCCACGCACUCGCUGGGCCUGCUGAGGUACGGCGCCGUAGUGGGCGGGGCCACGGCCCGAGAUGCUGACGUGGCCCCGCCCCCUUCGCCCACGCGCCUGCGCACCCGCGCACUCGCUGGGCCUCCUGAGGCGCGGCGCCGUAGGGGGCGGUACCACGUCCGGAGAAUCGGACGUGGCCCCGCCUCCCCAAGUCCCGCCUACGCACCCACGCAGCCAAUAGGCGAGCUGAGCUGUGACGCCGGCCCUGGGAGCUUGCGUGGCUCCUCCCACCGACGCAGCCGGAGGGCAACCGAGGCCACCAGGAUGUCCCGCCCCUGGCUGCUGGUGGCGGCCGCGGUGGCUUUGACCUUGACCCUCACCGGCGGGGUCCCCGGGGGCCGGGCGGCCGAGCAGAGGCACCAAGACCUGGACAACCUCUUGGUGGAGGCCCAGAGCCUCCUCCUCCUCGGGGACAGCCUCGACCGGCUACAAGGUGACCUCCAGAGGCUCGAAGGCCACCAGAGCGAGCCCUCGACCGAGUUCCAGGGCCUCCACCCCACCGGCCUCUCCAAGCGCCAGCAUCCGGGAAAACGGGAGCCGGACUCGGAAGAGGGGGAAGUCGAGGAAGAGGAGGAGGAAGGGGGCGCAGGGGGGGGCCCCCACAAACGCCAGCACCCCGGCCGGCGGGAGGACGAGGCCUCGUGGGCGGAGGCCGGAGGCCGGGACCGGAGGCAGCACCCUGGGAGACGCCUGGCGGAUCCUGAGGCCCAAAGGAACCGGGAAGUGGAGGACGAGGAAGAGGAGGAGGAAGGACUGACACCCCAGAAACGUCAACAUCCGGGCAAGAGGAGGCUGGGAGGCCCGUGUGGGCCUCUAGGAGGCUGCGGUGCGGCCAACCUCCUCCUGGGGCUUCUAGAAGAUUCCAGCAGGGCCCGGGGGUCCGAGCAGAGGAAACGCCAGCACCCGGGGCGGAGGGCGGCCUCCGUUUGGAGGCCCCUGGUCGAGUGAACCUCGUUUCCCGUCGGGUUCGGGGGUCUAAGAACGUUUGGAGGCCUGUGGGGUCCCCGAUUUCCCUUGUCCCCUUAGGGCCCUGGGCAAAAAGCUGGCCCCUGCCUGUGUAGACACAUGCCCCAAGCGCCCCCAGCCCUGGCCCCCUUCCUAAUUUAGCCAGCCUCCAAGUUGGAAGGCCAUUGCCCCUUGCGAGAAGGGAGAGAGGCCAGACAACAAAGUCCCUGUCCCCUGGCUAUGACAGUCCCUUUGUGGCUUCUAAGGGACCCCCCCAACCUGGGAACGGUGGCCCUGCGCAGAUCGGCCACUCAGAGACAGAGUUACGGCGGGGUGGGAUGUAAGCCGCGAUGUCCGGAUCCCGGCAUCCACCGUGGCACCAUGAGGCAGGGUUGUCAAUAAACACCCGGGAUCUCUCGUGAUUGGUGGGGAAUGCUUUUGUGGGAGGGCGGAGCGAGGACCCCCAAGCCCUGUGUCCUGCCUGGGGAAGCCUGUGGCUUGUAUGUGAUAAUCUAGGCCCCGCCCCCUUGUCAGUGAUGUCAUCCCUAUGCUAAUAAAACCUCAUUUCUGGAUAA